AUGACAAAGGAGAUCCGAUGAGUAUUCACAGUUGCUAUAAGUAACACGUAGAGCAUUACUGGCUAGAAGCAACAGCCAGAUAGACGUUCAAUCCACUCCAUAUCGGCAUCAACUCGUUGAAAUGUCUCAACCCGUCAUACCACAGUUUUCUCUGAAAGGUAGAACCGCCAUAGUCACGGGAGCAGUAAGUGGACUUGGCCUCGCAAUCUCAGAGGCGCUCGCGGAAGCAGGAGCAAAUGUGGCGAUUUUCUACCACAGUAGUACAAUAGCAGAAGAAGCUGCUGAAACUCUCGCAGCUAAGUAUAAGGUGAAAGGCAAGUCUGCAAUCUACAUGAAUUGGUAUCGUUACUUUCAAAAGCCACUGUUAUGAUUUUGGAUUCCUGAUCGCUGAUUCGGAGGAUAGCAACCGCUUAUAAGGUCAACGUCACGCAACCAGAGGAAGUACAGGCUGCUGUUGACCAAGUGGUUUCAAACUUUAAUGGCCGCCUUGAUAUUUUCAUAGCUAAUAGUGGGAUUGCAUGUAAGUACCUCAAUUCUCUGUCUCUCUCGCCACAAGACGAGAGAUGCGAUUCGGAACAUUUCUCGCCUCCUGCUCGGCAUCAUUGACAAACCUUAUUCUAGGGAACGAAACCAACGUCCUCGACAGCAGCAUCUCGCACUACCGAGCCAUCAUGUCCACUAAUCUUGAUAGCGUCUAUUACUGCUCUCGAGCAGCAGGGAAGCACUGGCGUCGCCAAGCCAAAGAAGGCACCACACUCAGUGGUGAGAGGCUCGAAAAUUUCCGUAAAGGAAGUUUCAUUGCAACAGCGAGUAUGAGUGGGCAUAUCGUUAAUUAUCCCCAUGUACAGACAGCGUAUAAUGCAAGUAAGGCGGGUGUAAUACACAUGUGUAAAUCACUCGCUGUGGAGUGGGCAGAUUUCGCACGUGUGAAUACUGUCUCGCCUGGCUUCAUACAGAGUGGUCUCACAGCCGCAGUGUCAGAAGACAUCAAGGACCAGCUAAGAGAUAAGACGCCUAUGCGUCAAAUUGGCGAGUUGGCAGAGAUGAAAGGUGUCUACUUGUAUCUUGCAUCUGAUGCCUCGAGCUUCACAACAGGUACUGAUAUUGUGGUUGAUGGAGGGUAUACUCUAUGGUAGGCUAGCCAUAUUAGUUGACUUCCGCACUUGUUCAGACAGUGAGUGUAGAGGUGAUCGGGCAGAUUAACAUGUGAGAAGCUGGAAAAGCUCAAGCAAAUGCUGCAUAAAUCAAGUUAGCUCCAUAUGAAUCCGAAAGCCUUUGUCCUCCAAUUGGGCUUAGUGUAGUGUAAGCUCAAUAGUAAUCACCACAAGUUCAC